UGAAUCGGCAAUCGGCGCCGCAGUGUAAACGCAGCAACCAGUAGAGCAACAUUCGCGAGCCGGCCUCCGCCGAGAUCGCCGAGAUGUGGACCCGCGGCUUCGAGUGUUGCCUGGUGGUGGUGCUUUUCGCGUGCGUGUUUCUCGCCGGCUCAGGUAAUGUAUCAGCCGGCGCGCGCGAUGGAGCCGGUGCGUUUGCAUUAAGCAGCACCGAUGCGCUUCGAGACGCAGAAGAUAUUCCUGGCGAUCACGAUGGCCACAAGGGAAUUCGUAGCUACGACGGCACUGGUUUUCCUCGCGACAGCAAUGCUAAUCGUGGUGUAAAAUCUUACGGCACGCCUUCGGGACACGGCGCCAGCCAUGAUCAUGGAAUAAAAGGCGGAGGUCCCGGCUAUAAUAAGAACACCGAUGGCUGCUCUAAAUGCAAAUGGGAGAACGACGAUUACUGGGAACGUGAUGAGCCGGAGGAAGAGGGGGACGAAAACGAUGGGGAUGAAUGCGACGACGGUCAAUACAGGCCCGAUAAAACGCACCAUCACGGUCCUGGUAGAGGACACAAACCAGGAUCGCAUCCAUCGGGGGUGCACAAGACGGGACCGACGGGCGUCAACGUUGACGACGGGGUGAAAGGAGGCGGUGGUCCUGGCGGUGGUCCUGGCGGCGUCAGUUAUCCGACGGGCCCAGGAUACUCGAGGCCAGUCAGUGGCUACGGAACCACGCCGAGACCCGGACCCGGCUGGAGUACACCCUAUUCAGGUGCGCCGCAGCCCGGAUAUGGUGGCGCGGUAACCGCGGGCGCUUUUGGAACAACACCGAGCUCUUGGCCAGACUGGAACAGAGGGACAACACCGGCUGGUCCCGGCUCUUCGCCGAAGCCUGCCUUGGGCGGUGGACACGACGGCAGAUUUCCCUCUUCGCAGGGACCUGGUGCACCCUUCCCGAACUACGGCGCGACGUCGAAACCCGGACAAGGAUGGGGAAAUCAAUUCCCCGGUGGUCCUUCGUCCGCGGCACCACACGCAGGAAGCGGUUUACCUUCUCCAAGCGGUUACGGAAAUCCACAGGGAAAUCAGAACAACCCUUACGGACAACCUGGAACACAAAACGCAUAUGCUGGCGCUUAUGCUGGUGCCAGCGCAACAUCUGGUAUUGGAAGCUCUUAUGGAGGACCAUUUAACUUAGGGAGAAAAGAUCAUCCAUUUAAUCCGUACAAACCAGCAAACACUCAGACGGUUAGGGGGCCGAACAGUGGAAUAGAUCAAGCACGCCCCAGCACUGAUUCUUAUGCUACACGACCGACACCAAGUACUUUUGGAACUACUAAAGGGCCAUAUGGAGGAAUCGGUUCAUCUGUUCCCCAAGAAAAUCCAUAUGUUCCGAGAAAAUCACCGGGAUCGCCAAGUGGCGUUUACGAUCAUCCAGGUGGCACCAAGCCAACUUAUAGUGACACUACUACUCCCUGGUCAGGUGCUGGUCAGACUGGAAGUAGCCCUUGGCAAGAUACGAGAACUACCUCUCCUGUUGGAUAUCCAACGUUGAAUACUGGAUUUGGAACAACUAAAACACCAUUUAAUCAUGUUAACGUGCCGAGUCCUACGUUAUCCGCUCCAUACGACAGAACGGGGCCGAGACAACCUGGUUUUAAUUUUGCCAGUAGCAGUGCAACUGCAAGCGCUAGUGCAGGCGCGUUUGCAACAUCUCCUACAGGAUACAGCACUCCCAGUGUAGCUGGAACAACCUCGUUUUAUGGUACAACACCAGUACACAGAGGUACAAGUUAUAACCCCGGUUCUGUUGGAAGUACCAGACCUGCUUAUGGAACUGUUCCUCAUGGUACACAGCCUAACAUUGAAAGUGAUACCUGGUCUAAAGGACAGCCAGGCAGCAACAUCGGACCUUGGUCUGGUGGAAGGCCUCAAGACGGAACUGGAAUUACGCCUGGUGGAUAUUCUCCAGGAACUGUGCCCGGCAGGCCAUUUCAAGGUGAAAGUGCCCCUGGAUCGGGAUCACCAGGAAAUUAUCCUGGAUCGGGAACACCGGGAAGUGCCCCUGGAUCGGGACCACCAAGAAAUUAUCCUGGAUCGGGAUCACCAGGAAAUUAUCCUGGAUCGGGAACACCAGGAAGUGCUCCUGGAUCGGGAUCACCAGGAAAUUAUCCUGGAUCGGGAUCACCAGGAAGUUACCCUGGAUCGGGAUCACCAGGAAGUUACCCUGGAUCUGGAUCACCAGGAAAUUAUCCUGGAUCGGGAACACCUGGAAAUUAUCCUGGAUCGGGUAUACCAGGAAGCGGCGGUCCUGGCGGAGCUCCACUGCAAGAUGGAAAUAGCGGUAGACCUUAUCCUACGGGAAGCAAUCCUCAAGGCGUCAUUCCAUUAGAAUGUAAGAAGGGUCUGUUUGGUUGUGGAGCACCCGGCAGCGGGAGCUACGCAGGUGAUAAACAUCCAGGAGGAGGCUUUGGCGGGUUCGGUGGAAAUGUUGGAGCCGGUACCGGGAAUCCGGGAGGUGCUAGCAAUGUUCCUAGUGGACCUGGAAAUCCCGUAUCCGGCGCAGGUCAUCCAGGAUUAGGAGGGAACAAUUUAGCGGCAUCCGUUAGCGGUGCCCAGGCGAGAGCUUAUGCUGGAGCUUUCAGCUCCGCUCAAGCUUCCAGCUCCAGUUUUGCUGGCUCCUUUUCCGGCGCCUCAGGACCCGCCAAUAAUUUUGGGGGAAAUUUGUCUCCUGAUGCAGCGCAAAAUCAAGGCGGACCUAAUUCCUGGGCUUCCAGCGGUGCCUCUGCCUUUGCCAGUGGUAGUGCCGGAAGCUGGUCAGGAAAUCGGCCUACCAACGUAAAGGGUUAACCAUUUCAAUCAGAAGACGAAUAUUAAACUGCAAUAAGUGCAAACGACGACGUCAUUCCGAAAUAUAAUAUACAUUUGACGUUCGCUUAAUCAUUAAAAUACUUAACGUCUCUCGUGUAAAGCUUUAUGUAUAAAAAGAUUUUAUAUUUA